AAUAGCGGGAAGCCUGCGGAAAUAGCGGGAAGCCUGCGGAAAUAGCGGGAAGCCUGCGGAAAUAGCGGGAAGCCUGCGAAUAUACUCGGAAUGGGCGCGAAUGUGAUCCGGGAGUUGAGUCUCAAGGUCCACACGAUCUUGGAGAACUUUUUCUACAAAUGCGGAUACCACAUGGCGAGUCGGCCCUGGGCGUACAUUGGGCUGGCCUUCGCGUUGGUGGCCGCGUGCGGGCCGGGGAUGCUCUUAUGGAAGGAGGAGAACGCGGAGAACGUGGAGGCCUGGUUCCAGCCGGAUUCCUAUUUGUAUCGGACGCAGAUGUGGAUGAGGGAGAACUUCCCCGAGGGAGUUCGGUACGAGAACCUCAUCCUCACCGGACCGAAUGUCCUCACGCCGGAAUUCUUCAAAUACAUGGCGAGGUUGGACAAGAAGAUUCGGUUGAUAACAAAAGGCGGACAUUCCUGGGAGGAUGUUUGCGCCAGGCCGGACGAGUUCCUCGAGGGCAAGGCAGCGGUGAAAAAUCGACCGAAGAGAACUUCAGAUUUCUCCGACUUCCAGCGCCGUUCCGACUUCUACGACGACCUCGUGCCUGUUGUGAUCGCAGCUAAAGCAGUGGUUGGGAACGAGCAUUCAGACUGGCUUUGGAAAAUGGAGCAUUAUGGCAUCUUGUUAGCGUCGUGCGACGACAAGUUGCCCCUCCUCGCUUCGAGGUGUGAGCACGUGGAUAUGUCACGGUCGUGA